CACCACCACACCCUUCGGGGUAACGACAAGAAGGAGAUGAAGGCCCAUAUCCGAUUCGGCAACGUUACCGAGUGGGGACCACAGGCCGCCAACUUCUGCCGCGCCAUCGGGUGCACGUACCACCUCAUCGCCCUGGCCGAGACCCGCGUGGGCGCGAAUGGCAUCCUUGGCCAAAUCGGGAAGCUCGCCGUGGACGGCUGGAAGCUGGCCGCUGCGCCAGCGCUGCCGACCUACAAAUCCGACAAGGGAGCCCACGGUGGCGAGUGGGUUCUCACACGGCGCGACAUUGCAGCCACAACUUUUGAGGGGUGCAGGGAGCAUUACCUCAAGCGGCACAACAGGCAACCGUUCGUGGGCUUCUCGCCGACGAUCUACCGCGCCAAGAGCGGCGACGUCGUGGUCGUUGCGGCCUGCCUCCGGCCUGGGCUCCGCGAUCAAGGCGCGAACAGGGGCAUCUUGGCCUCCAUCUCCACAUUCGUGGACAUGCUGACCGCCCCGUGGGUCAUUCUCGCGGACUGGAAUAAAGAACCGCGCUGGCGGGGCGACGAGACGUGGCUCGCCGAAUGGCAGGGCGCCGUCCUCAACGACCCAGAGUGCAAGGCCACGUGCGACAAGGGCAAGGGCUCCGCGUGCGACUGCGUGAUCGCGCGCGCGGACUUCGUCGCGCGCCUGGACGUCGAGGUGGUGUGCGACGUGCCCUGGAAGAACCGCUGCGGCGUCAAGGUCGCGGCGGGCCGCGCUGGGCCGUGGGCGCGCAAAUCUAUCGCGGUUCCCAAAGCCCUCCCCGCCCGAGCCAGACCUGGAAAGGUUGCGGACCCUGGCAGUGCAAGGUCCAAGGCUCGAUCGGAGGCGUUGAGAACCAGGGGGGAACGGGUGCCUGAGCACAAGCGCAACGAGUUCGACACCUUCCACUCCGAGAGUGUGGGCGCGGCCAAGGAACGCCCCGCGCCGUCCAUCAUCCCGCAGGCUGGCCGGGACAAGACCGCCGGCGAGGUGCGGAACUACCCGAGGUGCCGAGGCACGGCUGGGGGCUACAGAACCACCGGGCGGGUUAUGAAGGCAUCGCCCGGGAGAACGCGCCUCGGGGGCCCCGAGGCCACGUGGUGGCGAAGCCUCAGCGCGCUCAUCUUGCGGUGCGCAGCAUUGGUCAAGAAUGCGAAAGACCCCGAGGCGCGCCAGCAGAUCCACAGGGCCCCCCCCGGCAAGCUCGAGGACCUGGGCGACCCACAGGCCCAGGAUAACCAUUUCGGCGCCAAGACGGUCCCGGAAGAGACCGACGAGUGGAAGGCCCAGAUCAGCACCCUCGAGUUCUGCGAGGGUGGCGACCUCCAAUACCUCUGCGCCACUACCGCAGCGCGGGCGCUCGCGGCCAUGGCCAGGGCAGCGGGCAGAGCUCGGAAGAGGCACCCCGAGUGGGCGAAGCUUGCCUGGGAGGACUCCCCCGGUAAGCUCCACCAGGCCGUCGCGGACCUUGAGACGCAGCGCUUGGCUGCGGGCGCGCGGCGCGGCAUCUGGAAGUCGGAUCGCUACGGCGAGGAUCAGAUCAUCGACGCGUGCGAGAGGGCCAUCGAGCUCGCGAAGGAGGACCCCCUCCCCAUCAUCGAGCCCCAGCACAUCCAGGCUGUCGUCGGCGUCGCCAACCCCAACAAGCCGAGAGGGGUCGACAACGUCGGCCCCAUCGACAUCCAGAGAUUCCCCCAACAGGGCAUCCAGGAGCUCUCCAACAUGUGCACUAAG